UGCCAAGCAUGCGUGCGAGGUGAAGAACAAGGCCACCAGGCAGGUCCUCCCUGAUCAGAUCCACCCCGGGCCUAGUUGGGCUGCAUGUAACUCGUAAACUGCGUUUGUCGAAUCUCUCCGCAUACCUCACCCUCACGGCCAGAAUUAAGAGUUGUUGUUGCAACGAAGCAUGGGGCAGAAGCAUAUAUAUAUAUAUGGCCAAUUCGCGAACGAGGAAGUCCGCGAAGCGCAAGCCGCAUCCCCACUCUGGAGCCCCACAUAUCAGUUCCGUACGUAUCCGUAAUCCCACUCGUCUCCAACCCAACCUUCGCUCGGCAGCAACUCGCUCUGAUUACAUGCAGGCAGUCCAUAUUCACGCCACCCACAAGCUAGCUUGGUAUCUGCAUGCAUGUAGUCGCACUACCGGCCCCCAACUACCCCCCCACAUGCACUUGCAGGUAGUUCUCUCGAUCAGCCCCCAGCCUCUAGAUCCCCACUACCUAAUUUUUUCCUUCUACAUACACCGAAUCCAUCGUUUGGAUAUAUCCGCAUAUCUCUUAAAUGCUUUUUUCCCAAACCCCAACGGGCGCCGCCAACAUCAUGCACAAAGACAAUCACGAGAACCCACACGUACACAGACCCACAACACUAUAUAGACGAGAGUGCAAUUAAUUGGUUCAAGCAUAUAACGUGGUAUGGAAUUCCGGUAAAACACCAUGAACGUCUUGAUGGUAAAAUAUUACUCUAAUCAUGGUC